UUCCUCCUUUUUUUGUUUUCACUCCUAUCACCCCUUCAAAGACAGAGGAAUAGAGCAGGGUUGAGGAAGCACAGUCUGAGGUGUAGUGGCAGAUGCAUACUGCUGCUGUUGGGUGGGGUAACGAAGCUUUGUUUCAGGAAAUUCUCUGGAAGCAGACACAGGUUUCCACAGAGGACUCUAACUGGAUCUAGUUUGCUUCAAAAUUUGCCUCUUUGCAUGAUUUUCACAGCCAGUAGGGAGAAUACAGAGCUGAGUGGGCAAGUUAUUAUAUUCUCAGGGUUUUCAAUCUGAGUCUACAUAAUGAUUGACUAUUCUGUAACUUUGGCAUUGGAAGCAGCCUUGGCACCAGUAGUACUGGUUCUGCCUUCACGAGUGCUGCUCUUCUGUAUUGCCUGGGCCAUGCUUUCACUGGCCAGACACAAAUGUCUGAAUGUCAGAUUAAACUGUGCUUAAAGAUAUGUUUUUCUAUUAGAAUUAAAUCCUUUAUUGGACAGAGAGAGACAUAAAUACACAAUACGAUUUUAAUUUCUUCACAGUAUAUUGUACUGGUAAUCUCUGAUGAAAUCUCCUGUCUAUAAAAGCAAAAUUGCCAUUGCAUUAACCAAUACUCUGAGUAGUGAAGAAAUGCUGUGGUUCUAUUCAGUUCUAGACACUGGUGUCACCUUUUUCUUGCCCAGGGGUGCUUUGGCAUGCCCAGUAUUUAGCUCUCUUCAGUACCUACAGAUCUCCCUUUCCCUGCCUCAUAGUCUUUGAUGUAUCUUUACCGUCAUCCUGUGCAAAACAGGUGGUCAUGAGGGAUGCUCAUGAGGGGUUCCUCCACUGAAGGUCAUGAAUUCGCAUACUUUCAACUAAAGUCUAAUUUGUAAAAUUAACUUCUUUCUAGAAAUUCUUCUUUAAACUACCUGGACUAAUCCUCUCUCUUUUCCAUCAAAAUUGUGAUCUGACAUUGCUGUGAGUGGGUAAAUAAUUCUCCCUCUAGCCCUGCAUCAUCACAUUAUAAUGAGGAGCACUCGAUAGCAUCUGGAAACACCUGAAGACCAUGUUCAAAGAAUGGCCUAAAAGUGCAAAGCCUUGUUAGGAAUUCAGAUGUUGGACAAGUAUUAGUGCAUAUUUUGUUUGUUUUGAAAAAACAUCCUUUCUCUACUGGGCUGCCCUGGAUUUGUGGUGCUUGAAUGUUCAGGGGGUUUUUCUGGCUCUGUAUGGUCAAUGCUGUUAUUUUCUGGAGCUCAGCUGUCCUGUGACACAGCACCAGAGCCGUGCCUCCAGCUGAGGAGACAGAGUAUCCUCUGGGCUGUGGGGAGCUACCACAGGAAGAAUCUAACCCAAGCAGAAAAUUCCUGAUAUUUGGGUUAUUACAGAGCAGCCAGGUUGGAAGCUGAGGCCCUAAUUGCCCUGUGUGAUGAGAGAGGCCCUGGAUCUGAAAGAAGGGUGUGUGAUUGGAGCAGCACUUCAAGCUGGGAGCAAAAAAUCAGAGUGGAGCAGUGCACAGGUCAGAGCUGCCCACUGUGGCACCUGCUCCAAGGCCAUCAUGAGCCCAUGGAAUCUCAGGCCAGAAGCCAAGACUUGGUUCCACUCCCAGAAAAGUCAACGAAACCCAUUUAAAGUGAAAUGAUUUCAUGCUGUACUGCAGGCUGAGUGACUUGGCAGCAUUACUGUUAAUAGCAUGGUACAUCCCAGGUACAAGUUAAUGAAGCACAGAGAGUUACAGCACUUCUGUGUAGCUGGUUAGUGGAGCCUGGGACUAAAACAUACAGAAACUGUCAUCUCUGGGCAGGAUUUCACCUGGCCUUCAGAGUCUGACUGCUCUGGGAACUACCCCAACAUUUUCCUACUUAAUAAAUCCCUUCCCAUGGUGCCAUUUUCAACAUCAUCUAAUGGCCAUCCCAUACUGAUAGAAGAGGAGCUCAAAUUUAUCAAGGAAUUCAGGACCUGAGUUGUCAACAGGGUGUUUUAUGUGACAAGCAGAGCAACUACAGAAACAAUCUCCAGAGAUGUUCUGCAGAUAUUUUUCCUUCUUUGGUCUGUGUCUUUUUCUUUCAACCCAAAGGAGGUGCUCCCUGGGUCACGUAUCCAGCUUGCACAGCAGCGACUCAACAUCCCUUCCUGGAUUUGAGAACCUCACCAUGGGAUACAACAAAUACCUCCGGCCCUACUUUGGUGGAGAACCUGUUCAAAUUGCAAUGAGUCUGGACAUCGCAAGUAUUUCCAGUAUAUCCGAGAGCAACAUGGAUUACACAGCUACCAUAUCCCUGCGGCAGCGCUGGACAGACCCACGGCUGGUCUUCCACGGCAACAAAAGCUUCACGCUGGACGCUCGCCUGGCAGAGCUGCUCUGGGUGCCAGACACCUACAUCGUGGAGUCCAAAAGGUCCUUCCUGCACGACGUCACCGUGGGCAACCGUCUCAUCAGGCUGUUCUCUAAUGGCACCAUCUUGUACGCCUUGAGAAUCACUACUACUGUUGCCUGUAACAUGGACCUGUCAAAAUAUCCUAUGGACACACAAACAUGCAGACUGCAGCUGGAAAGCUGGGGCUAUGAUGAAAAUGAUGUCACCUUCACAUGGCUGAGAGGAAACGACUCUGUCCAUGGCAUGGAGCAGCUGCGGCUCUCCCAGUACACGGUGGAGCGUUACUACACCCUGGUCUCCAAGUCACAGCAGGAGACAGGCAGUUACCCACGUCUGAUAUUACAGUUUGAGCUAAGAAGAAAUGUACUUUACUUCAUUUUGGAGACCUAUGUGCCCUCCACUCUGCUCGUCAUGUUGUCCUGGGUUUCUUUUUGGAUCACAUUGGACUCAGUGCCUGCAAGAACCUGCAUUGGAGUUACAACAGUGCUUUCCAUGACAACUCUGAUGAUCGGCUCACGAAGUUCACUUUCAAAAACCAACUGUUUCAUUAAGGCCAUUGAUGUUUAUCUUGGCAUCUGCUUCAGCUUCAUCUUUGGUGCCCUUGUGGAAUAUGCAGUGGCUCACUACAGCUCAUCACAAAAGUGUGCAGCUAAAGUACCUCAAGAGGGGCCAGCAAAUGAGCUCACUAAAGAAAUGGAAGAUGUCAACAUCACUAACAUCCUCAACAAUUCCAUCACCAGCUAUAAACAGAAAAUCAGCUUCACAAGCAUUGAGAUUUCCAGUGAUAAUGUUAACUGCAGUGACUUGACUAUGAAAAGUCAUGAGAAAAUCAAAUGUGUCUUGAGAAACAAAAUGCACAGGAUUAUUGGUUAUUUCACAAUUCAGAACCCCGGCAAUGUGGACCACUACUCCAAAUUGCUUUUCCCUUUGUUUUUCAUGCUGGUCAAUGUUUUUUAUUGGGCUUAUUAUCUAUAUUUUUAGUAGAAAUUAGUUGCUUCAUUCUCCUACUUCAGCAGGAAAGGAAUUGAGCCAAUGGGUAUCCAGGUAUCUAACAUCGGUGAAUUCAAUGUGGACAAAAUGCUUGUGUCCCGAGGUACCCAGCACAAGAGGCAGUGAGGUGUGCAAGAUGCAACACUGACUCUGGACAGCAGCCUGUUCAGCUCAGGGGCUGUGCUGGGCCCUGUUGCUCGUACCUGUGUUUCCUUGCAGCAUCUCACCUGGCCAGAGAUGGGUGAGCAGGACUGCACGGGGCAGAGCACUGCAGGUGGCCAAAUUGUUUUGGUAGCCUGGAGCAGGUUGGAACCUUCAAGUUUAGAUCUCCAAGAGAAUGUAUACGAUUAUACAAACAAAACCAAAGCUGUUAUCCUUUGUUUGCCAGAGAUAACAGAGGGACUGUGAUUGCUUCCUCAAUAGCUGCUCUGUUGCAGUGGGAGGAGCCGAGUGCAGCAGCACAGCACGCUGUGUGCUCAGGAACGUUCCUGCACGGUGCUUCCCGGGGCCAUGCAGUGCCAGCCCGGGGAUUUUGGUCCUGUGGCUGUGGUGUGCCUCAGUGCUUUUAACGCCUGUCACUCACUGAGGUAAUCCUCACUUGCUGAAGUUCUCCCUCCCGCAGACAGACAGAGGGCUUGCUGUUCGUAGUGAGCAAAAUUUUUUCAGAGACUUGGGAACACAAAAUAGAGGCAGCAAAAUCGUUUGGUAACCCAUCUCUUAUACUCCUCCUGCUGUGCUGCAGUUGAACAGAUUCUACCACCUUCCAUGUCUUGCUCACACAUUAUUUUUCAUCCUGGAGAGUGCUUCCUUCAGCUUUCACUGCUGUAAGCAGCUCUCAUUUCUUGCCAGCCGCAGGCUUGAGUGGCCCAUUUGUCAUCCCCUCUUUUAUGUGGCUGUGCAGCUGUGGCAAGUCAACACUGCUGGGUGAAAAACACGUGUGGGCUGAGGGAGGGUAGUCUAAAUCACCCUUUCAAUGUUAGCCUGGAAAAGUGUUACUUUUCUGCAGAAAUUCAGAUUCUAAGUGGGCUCUGGAAACUGCCCAAAGUCAUCUUUGUUUAUCCUGCAAUCAGCAGGACCGAGAGCUUUCUUUUAAAGAUAAAUUAAAUGUGGUGCACACACAGUUAUGUGCCAUUUGGUAUUGUGCAGCUUAAGACUACUGGAAGUCUUUAUUUCCUGGUUAUAAAAUUGACAUUUUAUGGCAGAUUUCCCCCGACCUUUUUUGGUCUAUGCUACUUUUGGUACUGGGAGGGGGUAAUCCUGCAGUUAUGUGGGCAGGACUGGAAUUGCCUGCAAUGGCCACCAUUCAGCACAGUUCUGACUGAGUGAGGCCUCUCAGCAGGCAGCUAAUAUUACAGUGUUUGCUUAGUGUAAGAAUCUCUUAUUGGGGGUUCCUCUACAAGGUGGGCAGAGCACGCAAAACUAUAGAUUUUUUACUUUAAUAACUUUUUAUUGAACCACUUCACUGUGCUAUAUUGUGAGGGAUCUAAACCUCAUAUUCAUAAAUCAUAGCUUUUACAAAAAGCAGCACGAGCAAACAAAGGGGAACAGACUGACAAUGGCAAGUGAAUAAACACAAACUCCAAUAAUGAAAUGUUGUCUUGUAUAUACUGGCAUUUAAAGUCCAUUCCAUAAAAUGUAAUAAAGUGAAUGUUUGUGAUAUGAACACAACC